AUGAUAAGAAGCAGGAUACAAGUUUUCGGUAGAAAGACGAUUGCGCGGAAGCCCAAUAUAGAUAGUUUGUCUAAUAUCCUUGGCAGAAAGAUAAUUGUGCGAAAUACAAGCUCAUUGGCAACAUCGCAACCAGAAUCAUCAUCAAUACUACUGAAUUACAAUGAAAGAAUAGAAGAAAUUAGAAAGAAUGAAUUGACUUACUACCCGACUUACUCAUCAUUCCAGAAGGAUGGGUAUGUCACGGUAAGGGUUCCAGAAUUUGUUGAAAGAUACAAAGGUUUGGAAGAUAAGAGCAGUGAUCCAAUAUGCGUGGAAGGUCGAAUUCAUUCGAUAAGGAGAAUCUCUAAAGUGCUUUACUUCGUGGAUAUAGUACAAGAUAACCACAAACUCCAAGUUAUAUUCAAUAACAAAUCAAUGGGGCUAAGCAAAGAAGAUUUUGAAUCUGCAAAUUCUCAACUUUGCAAGAACGACCAUGUCAGUGUUUGGGGCUACCCAGUGAGAACCAAAGCUGGUGAGCUAUCUUUGCGUGCUGACCAGGCAUUGAGAAUAGUCUCGCCCUUUUUAAGAGUUCCAAUAGAGAGAUUAGAGCAUAGGGAAAAGGUUAAUGCAAACAGAGUUAUGAACUACAUUGUGAAUCCGCAGCAGAAGGAUAUAUUAUACAAAAAGGCUAUUGUGACGAAUUCUAUCAGACAAUAUCUAACUGGUGAUGGGUUUUUAGAAGUACAAACACCUAUUAUCGCUGGUAUGGGAACUGGAGCCAACGCAGAGCCAUUCUCUACUAAUGCAAAAGCAUUAGGUUCAGAUUCUUCUUUAUGCCAGUUAAGAGUUGCACCUGAGCUUUGGCUUAAGAAAUUAGUCAUUUCAGGAUUCGACAAAGUGUUCGAAAUAGGACAAAACUUUAGGAAUGAGGGAAUAGAUGGUAGCCAUAACCCAGAAUUCUUAACUUGCGAGUUCUACAGGUCACACACUGAUUUAGCAAAAUUGAUGCAAAUGACGGAGGAAAUUUUCAAAUCCAUUUUAAAUAACCUAAAGGGGAAAGAGAAGAUUUCUGAUGAGUUAAAGGAAGUAUUGACUUCAGGACAAUUUGCCAGGUACGAAUUCAUUCCCACUUUAGAGUCAAAAACUGGUAUCCCAUUGCCAUCUGAAUUGAACUCCGAAAAUCUCAUGGAAUACUUCAAGUCGGUAAAUGUACCAAUCCCAGCGCAAAAGUCGCCACAAAACUUAUUGGACACACUUUGUGGGAUUUAUAUUGAACCUCUCUCCGUCACAGAACAAGGAGGUUUACCGAUUUUCAUAUUUAACCAGCCUGCCAUUAUGUCUCCUUUAGCCAAAUCAAAGAAAAUAACGUAUACUGAUGGAAGAGAAUACCUCAUUUCGUUGAGGUUUGAGUUGUUUAUUAAUGGAAAGGAGUAUGUCAAUUCAUACGAGGAAGAAAACUCUCCCUUUGAGCAGCUCGAGAAAUUUAGAAAUCAAGUUGAAUCAAAGAAUGAAUUUGAAGACAGAGAUCUGUUAGUGCCUGAUUGGGAAUAUGUUAAGGCAAUGGAGUAUGGACUACCGCCCACCGGAGGAUGGGGGUGUGGAAUUGACAGACUCACAAUGUUAUUUAGUGGUUGUGAUCGGAUUGAGCAAGUUUUACCCUUUGGAAGCUUAAAAGAUGUGGUAAGGCAGUAG